AUGAAACAACGCAAGAAAGUUAAGUGGAGUAGUGUGACGGAAAUUUCUCCUGCUUUCAGCUACAUUUUUGUGUUAUCUUUGUUCUGGUUGACGUUGACUGUUAAAGCACAAUUUUUCAACCCUUCGUAUAAUACUUAUCAGAAUUCUUACUAUCAAAACUCCGACAGCAUAAAUCAGAAAGGAGUUUGCACAAUCAAUGGUGAUGUUUAUUACGGAAUCGAUUGUUGGUGUUACAACAGCGUUGUUGGAACAACUUUCGCUACUGUAAGCAUUGUGACACUCGUCAUUUGCUUUUUAAUCAACGGAUGUAUAUGGGCGUGCAUCUUUGUAUGUUGCAAACGCAUCACGGGUAAGAAAAAUGACGACAUUGAAUUAGACGCCGCAAGCAUACGAUCAGGCAAAUCAUCGAUCCGAAAACGUUAUUAA